GCAUUGUGGGGCAUUGGCGGCCCGCGAGCUUGGUGGUUGGCGGUCUGGCGGCGGCGCCGUUUGUCUGCUGAGGCCCCGGGACUCGCGCGCUGCCCCGGCCCCCCGAGCGGCGAGCAGCGGGCGGCGAGGCGGCGGGGCCUGUGCGCGCGUCCUCCGGGGCCCCCUUCCCCCUCUCACUGUCUGUGUGUUUGAUGUGUUAAAGCAGGAGCGAGCGGCCGAGCGGCGCCAUGAGCAACGCCACCGUCGUCCCGGGCGCGGCGGGUCCGGGGCCCAGCGGAGGGCCGGGCGGCGGCGGCGGAGGCCCGGGCGGCGGCACCGAGGUGAUCCAGGUGACCAACGUAUCCCCGAGUGCCAGCUCCGAGCAGAUGCGGACCCUCUUCGGCUUCCUGGGCAAGAUCGACGAGCUGCGCCUCUUCCCGCCGGAUGAUUCGCCUUUGCCAGUCUCAUCCCGUGUCUGCUUUGUUAAGUUCCAUGAUCCGGACUCAGCAGUUGUGGCACAGCACCUGACAAAUACUGUGUUCGUUGACAGAGCUUUGAUAGUCGUACCCUAUGCAGAAGGAGUUAUUCCUGACGAGACUAAGGCUUUGUCUCUGUUGGCACCAGCUAAUGCAGUGGCAGGUCUUCUGCCUGGUGGUGGACUCCUGCCUACCCCUAACCCGCUUACCCAGAUUGGCGCUGUUCCAUUGGCUGCUUUGGGAGCUCCUACUCUUGAUCCUGCCCUUGCUGCACUGGGGCUUCCUGGAGCAAACUUGAACUCUCAGUCUCUUGCUGCAGACCAGUUGCUGAAACUUAUGAGUACUGUUGAUCCCAAGUUGAAUCAUGUAGCUGCUGGCCUGGUUUCACCAAGUCUGAAGUCAGAUACCUCUAGUAAAGAGAUAGAGGAGGCCAUGAAGAGAGUGCGAGAAGCCCAAUCCCUGAUUUCUGCUGCUAUAGAGCCAGAUAAGAAAGAGGAGAAGCAGCGGAGGCAUUCAAGGUCACGGUCGCGCUCCAGGAGGAGGAGGACACCCUCGUCUUCUAGGCACAGGGAGAGUAAAAGAGAUCCCAGCACCGAGGCUUGCUUCAAUGCCAUGGAGGCCCGGACUGAACCUGGGUCACACACAUGGCAAAGCAGCACACUAUCCAAGCGGUCAUCAAGAAGCAGGUCAAGAAGGAGAUCACAUUCUAAGUCCAGGAGUAGGCGACGAUCCAAAAGUCCAAGACGGAGAAGAUCUCAUUCCAGAGAAAGAGGUCGAAGGUCAAGGAGCACAUCCAAAACCAGAGAAAAAAAGAAAGAAGACAAGGAAAAAAAGCGUUCCAAAACACCACCCAAAAGUUACAGCACAGCCAGACGCUCCCGAAGCCCGAGUAGAGAGAGACGAAGGAGACGGAGCAGGAGUGGCUCGAGAUCUCCUAAAAAGCCCAGGUCCCCUAAGAGGAAGCUGUCCCGCUCCCCUUCCCCCAGGAGACAUAAAAAGGAGAAGAAGAAAGAUAAAGAAAGAAGCAGAGACGAAAGAGAAGGAUCUACAAGCAAAAAGAAGAAGAGUAAAGACAAGGAAAAGGAUCGGGAGAGGAGAUCAGAGAGCGACAAGGAUGUGAAAGUCACACGAGAUUACGACGAAGAAGAACAAGGCUAUGACAGCGAGAAAGAAAGAAAAGAGGAGAAGAAAACAACAGAACCAGGUUCCCCUAAAGCAAAAGAAUGUUCUGUGGAAAAGGGAGCUGGUGAUUCACUCCGAGAAUCCAAAGUAAACGGCGACGACCACCAUGAGGAGGACAUGGAUAUGAGUGACUGAGUGUUGCCCCGUGGAGUCCGGCUGGACACGUGCAUCAGUGUCAUUCCUCUGUGUGAAUUCUUCAUGCUGUAUUUGUUCAUCUCAGACCUAGACGUGCACAGCUCUGAGUUACAGGUGGUUGUGAAGCUCCUGGUAACGGUAUUAGUUAUUUCCAUCAAAAAGCUUUUCGAAAAUUUUCCGUGGGUGACCAGUUCUUGACAUGGUGAGAUGUGAUUUGAGUGCCAGCAGGUUGGCUGUCCUGGAACUGCUUCAAAGAAACAGACGCGGAAAGCUGCAUGCACCGACAGCAGGCAUGGACUGUUUUAUGUUGUGUGGCCGCCUCUCAAGUUCACUUAGAGUAUUUCUAGAAAUUGAUUCAUUGCCAUAAUAGAGCCAUGUAGGGAAUGCACUGAUUGCAUGUUCAUUGUGGCAGGAAUAUCCUAAUUGUCAUUCAGAUCUCCAACAUGAUGAAUCUACUUUUGGACUUGUUUGUCGACAUGAAAAUUUAACACACAUAGUUACAUCUGAAAAAAUGAGCAUUUGAAGUAAUCCUUUAAGCCUUCUGGCUAAAUUUUUGUCUUUUGUGUAACUUUUGAAGGGUUAUAUAUAUGCACUAACCAUUUUGUGAUGGCUAAUUAGACUUUAAUGACAGACAAUGAGAUUUCAAAUUUAAGCUGUCUUUGACAGGAAAUAGCAUAUUUUGAACUAGAGUUGUAUACUUUUUCAUCAAGUAUUUGGGGUUUUUUUUUUCCUGGAUUAAUAAUUUAUUCCACCUCUGUCAUCACUGAAAGCUAGAUCCUUAUCUGAAUCCAUCUGUAGGGAGUUACUCUUGUCCUGAAUUUCACUUUUCCCCUUCUUUAUUAAUUUGAUUCAAGCUCGGUGUUGAAAAAAGGGAUAGUGCAUUUUAAACUGAACUUCAUAUGCUUUUAAAAUAAGGCAAAUCUACUUGAUAAUGUACUUUUUUUAUUUGAUCUCAAGUUGUAAAAGAAGAAUAAAUUUGUGUUACUGUUACUGCAGUAGUAAAUCUUACGCACACAGUGAUUCCAUGUUAAUGCAAAAUAGUUAGGCAACUGUUUUCUUAGUUACAGAAAUUUUAUGCUUUUGUGCAGUAAAAGCAGAAGUAGGCUACAGUCUGUGCCAUGUUGAUGUACAGUUUCUGAAAUUGUUUUACAAGACUUUGAUAAUAAAACCCUUAAACUUC